AUGGAAAUGUCCGCUGCAUUUGCAGCUAUUGGCCUUUUUUCAUCCUGGUGGAUCUGGUCAAAAACAUCAAAUACUCAAUUGGCCAGUGGUGUGUUUUUCUUUUUCACUAUGGAAUUAUUGCAGGCAGUUCAAUAUUUCUUUAUUGCACCUAAUAUUGAAUCACCCAUUUGCGACACAAUUAUUAAUCAAGUUUUAACUAUUCUUGGAUUUUUACAUAUAUGUUUACAACCAUAUUUUUGCCAUGUUAUCAAUGCAUCAUUGACAAAAAAUGCAAAAUAUAUUGAUCGUUAUCUUAUCAUCAAACGUUUAUGUUUAAUUGGUGGUUUCAUGUUAUUUGGUCGAUUUUUAUUAGCUUAUCAAUGGCCACAAACAUUGAAUGGUCCAUCAACAGAAUGGUUACGUGGUCCUAAAUUAUGUACUUACCGAGGAAAUUAUCAUCUUGCUUGGUCCGUACCAAUGGCUGAUCCAACAUAUGUUAUUCCUGGCGCAGCUAUUCAUUCAUUUUUAAUGUUUGCACCAUUCUUUGCUUUAUAUGAAAAGAAAGGCAUGGUUAUUCAAGGAAUCUUUUUAUUCGUUUUUGGACCUUAUUUAGCCGGUCUUAUUACACCAAAUUUAAUGGAACAAGCAUCCAUCUGGUGUUUCUUUUCUAUUGCACAAAUCUCAAUUAUGUUGUUUUGUAUUCGUGAAACCUUACUUAUUAACUGGGGUAAAAACAAAAGUGGUCACACAUCAUUAAUCAGUGGUAAAAAAAUAAAUGAUAUCAAAGAAAAAAUUAUGGACGGAGAAAAAAUUACCGAACAAGACAAAAAACAAAGAAAAUUGGCUUAA